UAGUGUUGCUCCGAUCGAUCGGCUGCCGAUCAUGAUCGGCCGAUAUUGUCUAAAAAUAGCCUGAUCGGCGAUCGGAAAAACAUGCCGAUCAGGAAGCCGAUCACGUGACGUACAUUAUUAGCGACGUUUCUAACUGGCAAACACGUGGAACAGUGGGCCAACAGGUGCAUAUCGACAGCACAAUGACUUCUCCUGUCUGGACUUUUUUUAAAGUGAGUGAGGCAGAUGUGAAACUUGCUGUAUGCAAUGUAUGCAAUGACGAAAUACCUCGAGGUGGGAGUAACCCUCGACAGUUCAACACCACUAACCUCAUUAGGCAUCUUAGAAUUCGCCAUUCAACAGAAUAUGCCGAGUACGAGAAACUUGUCAAGCCGAAGGCAACCGGUUCAUCCCCAUCCCUCAGCCAGCCGACUUUAAGCGAAAGUUUACAUCGACGUGCACCAUACAGCAGGGAAAGUAAGAGGUGGAAAGACAUCACGUCUAAGAUUAUGGAGUUCAUUUGCCUUGGUGAGCAGCCGCUAUCUGUUGUGGAGGAGAAAUCAUUCCGUCGCAUGAUAUCAUUCCUUGAUCCCCGUUACGACGCCCCAGGCAGGAAAUAUCUAACUGAUGUAUGUCUCCCUCAAUUGUACCAAACUGUGUACGCACACAUUGAAACCCUUCUGAAGGAUAACGUAUCCGUUAGUUUUACCAGCGAUAUUUGGAGCGCAGACGCCUGCCCGAUGUCUCUACUUAGCUUAACAGCACACUUUAUUGAUGCUAAUUUUGUAAGACACAACAUUGUGCUACACUGCCAGGAGUUCACGGGGUCUCACUCCGCGGAGGCUUUGGUUGAGGCUUAUCGUGGCAUGUUUCAGUCAUGGGGGAUCCAAACAGAGCGAAUCCACGCCAUUCUAACCGACAAUGCAAAAAACAUGCAAAAAGCCAUGCGAGACGCAGAUUUCCCUGGGCUGCCAUGUAUGGCUCACACGCUACAGUUGGCGGUACACGAGGGAAUACUGUCCCAGCGCUCCAUCUCGGAUAUUGUAGCAUCCGGAAGACGCAUUGUUGGACACUUUAAACACUCUCCGUUAGCAUACAGUCGAUUGGAGUUUUGUCAAAAGCAACUCGGCCAGCCAAUUAAAAAACUGCGCCAAGAUGUACCAACGCGCUGGAAUAGUUCGUUCUAUAUGCUCCAGAGCCUCUUGGAGCAGAAACUGGCCCUGGCCUCAUAUGCAGCAGAAAACGAAUUGCCAUGCAACUUCACAGUCCACCAAUGGAAAUUGAUCGAAAACACAAUAACCAUCCUGGCCCCGUUUGAAGAGCUAACCAAAGAAAUCAGCACAUCCACUGCGUCCACUGCGGACGUGGUCCCAUGCGUCCGAGCGCUCACUCGUCUACUAGAGAAAACAGCUGAGACGGACCAUGGCGUGAAGACGGCGAAAUCAGUGCUACUGGAGGCUGUCCGACGACGAUUCGCUGACAUUGAUGCACAGAAGUUGUACACAAUUUCUACAAUGCUAGACCCAAGGUAUAAAGACAGAUAUUUCUCAGAGGCACUCAAACCAUCUUUCCAUGUACUGCUUCAGAACACACUUGAAACCAGCCACCCUGUACACAUCACUACAAGCACUGUGGAGCAACCCAGUUCCAGCAAGUCAACUGACAAGACCCCACCUGCCUGCUCUUUGCAGGCAAUGUUUGCAGAGUUUGUCGAUGAGGUAGCAGGGCACAGUGAGCAGGAAAUUACCAUUAUCACCCAGGUCAGCCAGUACAUGGCAGAGUCUGUAUUGCAGCGCAGUUCAAACCCACUUGCCUAUUGGCAGGUGAACAAAGGCCGCUUCCCUGCACUUGCACAGGCAGCAAGAGCAUAUCUUUGUUCACCAUGCACAAGUGUGGAUAGUGAGCGGCUGUUUAGCACAGCUGCAAACAUCAUUGAUGACAAAAGAAACCUGUACCAUACUGAGAAAAAGAUAAAACAAAAACAUUUCCCAUCAAAUGGAACAACAUCCAGAUGA